CCAAGGAAGGCCGGCGAAUCCAAGGAUUCAAACUUCAAGGUCCCACGGCGGGCGAUAUGUAUGUACACCGUCGCUAUGCGCAACGAAGACGGGUUGGUACUACCUUACCAAUAUUCCGAUGAGUCGGGAAUCGGCAACGAGAGGCCUGGGAGAAUUCUAGUGGGUAUUUUCAAAAGUCCAUGUGCAUAUUUUCGUCUUUCGAGUGACCCACUCACGAUGCCGGAGGCUUGCGUAGGCCCUCAGCGUCUGAAUAUUUACAGCCCAAAAAAACCAAGCAGCCGCGGGGUACUGUUAGAAGUCAAGACACGAGACUAAAUGCAAAAGCAAGCGCAUAUAACCGGUUUGCGAAGCCAUUGGCGAGUGUCAUAUCUUCCGUGUACGUUGCACUGCCUUUUUCCUCAUGUCACUUCCACUGUCAGGAAAAGUCGCCAUUGUCACAGGCUCGUCCCGUGGCAUUGGGGCCGCCAUCGCCCGCCGGCUCGCAGCUGAUGGCGCACAUGUUGUCGUCAACUACAACGGCAGCGAGGCCGCGGCCAAGCAGGUCGUCGAGGACAUCAACAACGAGGGCCGUGGACGCGCUGUAGCCGCCAAGGCCGACAUGUCGUCGAUCGAGGAGGGCACGCGUCUCGUCGAGGACACCGUCAAGUCACUCGGGAGACUCGACGUUCUGGUCCACAACGCGGCGUUCAAGACGGUGGGCGGGCUCGACGCGGUUGACGAGGCAGACUUCGAUGCCCAUUUCAGCAUUAACGUGAGGACGCCGCUGUUUGUGACUCAAGCCGCCGCACAGCACCUUCCGAAGGGCGGCCGAGUCGUCUUUGUCACGUCCAACACGACGAAAACCUCUGCCGUCACACCCGAGUACCUCAUCUACACCGCCUCGAAAGGCGCGGCCGAGCAGCUCGUGCGUGUCCUCGCGAAAGACCUCGGCCGGAGGGGCAUCACUGUGAACGCCGUCUCCCCCGGCGCGACCGACACCGACUUCUUCCGUGGAGAUGGCAAGAGCGAAGAGUUCGUCGAGCUCAUCGCGAACCUGUUUCCGCAGAAACAGAUCCCGGUGGCGGAAGACAUAGCGCCCCUCGUCGCGUUCCUCGCGAGGGACGAGGCUGGGUGGGUGAAUGGGCAGUGCAUCAUGGUCAACGGGGGAAUGGCAGUUUGAAAGGCAGAUGCGGUCGACGAGACAUUGUCUAUGCCGUUACACAUUUAUCCAUCAGAUUACUAUUGCAUCGCCUAGAAUUUGUCGCACUACAGGCGGCUGACAAUUGGGAGUGGUGCCGUCCAGACAACGACAACUUUUCCUGAACCAGGUCCUUCCGCGGAGAUUCUUUCUCAUAUGGCAGCCUAAACGCACUCUGAGGAGCUAACAUUGUAUCAACGAGUAAAAAUAUCCCAGACAAGUGCUGCAAGCACCAUCUCUUAUAACAACGUUUCGGCGUGCGGCGUGCGAAAGUAGCCUAGGCUCUGUGUUCUUGCCAGCAAGCUGCUAACUUAGCCGUGGCUGACAGCAUAUGCGCGAGCAUAGGCACAAAACGAUUGAGGCAGGAGCGCAAGAAAUGUGCUGGCACCAGGGCUGGUGAUCACGGGUUCGUGAAGAGCUUCUCAUCGAUCGCGACGUUGAGGAAAUUGUAGAUGAAGCAGCCAGGUUAUGCAAAGGCCAGAAAAAUGGGACGCCCAGAGUUGACAGUGCUACUUCCGGUACGGGACAAAUGCGUUCCCGACGAUUGCGCGUAUCCUGCCUUCAUAUGCGACGAGGUUCUCGCGUCUUUCCACCUCGAACCUCAAGAUCUUGUCUUUGGCAUGAAGCAGGGCGUGCAAAUAAGCAAACAGCAAUGCGUCCAGAGGCGUUGGAUUUCUGAAGCCCGUGGGCAGUCAG